AUGGCCGCCGCCGGUGCCGUCCGGAGAACAUCACAACGCCAGGCCUUGAGGCGUCCUGCCUCGCGACAGAUGGUAAGCAGGAGCGAGAGUCAAGCCGCCGCCGGCGCCGCCGGCGCCGUGACACCCGCAGCAAGCCAAUCACCACAUCAGCAGCAAUUUCACGACGACAGUUCAGAGGAUGAGAUCCCCGUGCCUAUGAAGCUCAGCGCUCUCACCAAAGCUCUUCUCAACGAUGACGCCCCGGAACCUGCCAACAAGGGAGCCUCGCCGCCGCGUACCAGACGACGAACCAGUGCGUUGAACGACAACAACAACAACAACAACAACGACAAUUUGGCGUCGGCCGGUGUUGUCGCAGCCGCCUCCCAGGAUAGACGACAUCUACGAUCCGGAGGUGUACAGCCUCCGGAUGACAAGGCCGCAAAGGCAGCCGACACGAGCCAAAAUCAAGAGGCUAGCCCCGUUAGGAAGAGGGUCGUACGUCUGGGCAGCAACCCGCACAGCCUGAACCAGAUGGGACCGGGCAAGAGACGGUCUACUUCCAUGUCUCGCUCUAUGGGACAAAAGCCAGCCGCCUCACUGCCCAGCCGGACAGGCAAUCACCAUGAAAAGCCCGCGGCGGCGGCGGCGGAGGAGGAGGAGGAGCCAGGACUGCAGCCAGAGCCGCGACCAGAGGUCAACACCCCGUCACAUCCUGAACGGGUCGUGCGGAUUGCCGGCGGCUCCUCGGCCAACCAAAGCCGGGUCGGUUCCUCUGGGCCCUCAUCCGGACGCUCCAAGUUUGACCGUUCUGUGGCCGACAGAUCGCACCUGGAAGCCGAGUACGACCGGUCAGAAGCAGCCGAGAGCGCGCUGCGAAAUUCCGGAGGCGGCGGAAGCGCGUCGCGAUACCCCUCGACGCGGAGCCGUGCCGACGAUGUCAACCUGCAGAGCUCCAUGCGAGUCAAGCGAGUCGGCAAGCUGUCAGGAAGCUUCUUGAGCGGACCGGCCAGGAGAGGCAGACGGCGCCAGAGCGACGAGGAGGGCGAGGGCCACGGAGACGGAGAAGUUGCCGCCCCCAGCCACGAAGCUGAGCACGGCGUCCAGCCGGCGGACGAGGUGCCCGGGUCGUCAAUCUACCACGAAGCAGAAAAUCGGGACUUCAACUCGGGAAGCCCCGUCAGCGGGAGUGCCGCCGCCGCCGCCGCCGCCGCUGCCCGAGCCAGUCAUAGGAGGCAGGCUUCCGGCAUCGAGUUGCCCGACCUUCGCUCGUCGAGGCGCUCCUCUCGCGGGGUUCAGUUUGAGGCCCAACGGGUUGACCACAUUACCGUGCCGGAAGCGAUGCUCCCCAAGCGUAUCGAGAUCCCGUCCACAAACGACCAGGAAAAUGAGUAUCCCAUCACCUUCAAGAGGCCAGUCAAGGUGGCCGCCGACGCGGGCGCAGAGAAGCCCAGUAUCCGGCCGCUGCACGUGCACGUCGGCCUUGAAAACGCCAAAGCAGCAUCGCCCGAGCGGAAACCUUUGGCUUCCAUUGCAAACAACACACCACACCGGUCCGCCCACCCGCCGCCGCCGCCGCCGCCGCCCAAGAUGUCCGUCUUGGAGGCGGCCACGUCGACGGCCGGCGCGGCCACAACGACCCAGGCUAGGCAGCGUCGAAACGUGCUCCGAGUCAAUGGGAAAUGUUACACCAGGCUCGAGUGCCUCGGCCGAGGCGGCAGCGCCAAGGUGUAUCGGGUGACGGCCGAAAACGGCAAAAUGUUUGCCCUCAAGCGAGUGUCUCUGGAGAAUGCCGACGACAACACCAUCAAGGGUUACAGAGGCGAGAUUGACCUUUUGGGCAAGCUCAAGGGCGUUGAUCGCGUCAUUGAUUUGUACGACCAUGAACUGAACUCGGAGAAACAAGUUCUUACAUUGACGGCCAGGUUCGAUCCCGUCUUUGUGCGGUUCUACUGGAAAGAGAUGCUCGAGUGUCUGCAAUCAGUGCACCAGUACGAGAUCGUUCACUCGGACCUGAAACCAGCCAACUUUGUCCUUGUCCAGGGCCGCUUAAAACUCAUCGACUUUGGCAUAGCCAACGCCAUCCAGACCGAGGAGACUGUCAACGUCCAUCGCGAGACCCAAGUCGGAACACCCAGCUACAUGUCGCCCGAGUCGCUCAUGGACGCCAACAACCCUCGUGGAGGCCGCGUUCCGGGCCGCCCCAAGCUCGUCAAGCUCGGCAAACCCAGUGACAUUUGGUCCCUGGGCUGCAUCCUGUAUCAAAUGGUCUAUGGCGUCCCGCCGUUUGGACACAUCGCCAACCAAAUGGCCCGGUGCCAGGCCAUUAUCAACUGGGACCACGUCAUUGAGUUUCCCUCGCGAGCAACGGGAGGCGUCCCCGUGCCGCCGUCGCUGCUGCGUACGAUGAAGCGCUGCCUCAACCGGGAUCACCACAUGCGCCCUACCUGCGAGGAGCUCCUCCACGCCUCGGACCCCUUCCUUUACCCUGCCGAGUUUAAUGAAAAGGCCCUCCCCAUUGACGAGGAACUGCUUGGUAGAAUCAUUCAGAGCGUCGUCACCCGCUGUCGCGAACGAAUGCCGACCGAGUCGGAGGGCGCAAGUGUCUGGCCGCAAGCGUAUUGGACAAGUAUCCGGAAGGCAAUGGCCGGGAGGAUGUAG